AUGGUAUUCCCGCCGCUAAUUCCCACUCAGCUGUCAUCACCCCGGUACACCCCCGGAUCGGGCAAAGACCCAACAGGAAGGAAAAGUAAGAGGGAAGCAGCCAAGAAUUUCCAAAGGUGGGCAAAGCAGCUCGGGCCUAACGACAUGACAGUUUUUAGCGACGGCUCCGAACAGUUUGAUCAAAGCCAAGGCCACCUGGUGGGAUACGGGUUUGUUGUAUAUCGCAAAGGCGAGAUAACGGCCCAAGGUUCAGCAGCUUUGGGCGGGCCAUGCCACGUUUUUGACGCCGAAACGGUCGGGGCAUUGCGCGGCCUCGAGGCAGCCGACGCGAACCCAGGAGACACAAUAUGGGUAUGUGUGGAUAGCGUCUCCGUUAUCUGGGGCCUGAGAGGAUCCGCGUCGCUGUCCUCGCAAUGGGCAUAUAUCCGAUUCCACGAACUCGCGGAGGAAUUGGAAGACAAAGGCGUUAGCGUCCGCAUACGAUGGUGCCCGGGGCAUGAAGGAAUCGAAGGGAACGAGAAAGCAGACCGCCUAGCGGACGAAGGCGCGAAAGGACCCGCGGACACCGACCCUCGCACGCAAGGCGCGACCGUCAGCGGCAUCCGAUCCGAGCUUCGGAAGGCAGCCCGAGAGGCCAGCGCGCGAUGUUGGCAGGCCAGGAAAAGGUCAGAUGCAUAUGACCGGUGGAAACUGGAAUAUAACCCAACGAAGGAACCAAACGAACUCGGGCUACCCCGGCGGAUUUUGGGGCAUUACCUAGCUAUGCGGACAGGACACGGGGACUUUCGAGGAUACCACGACCUGUUUGCUCACCAGGGCGCAAAAACGCAAUGCGCUUGGUGCGAUAACUCCACGGCACCAGACCAUUUGGUCCACUGCCCAAACAGUGUCAAACUAUGGAAAAAGUGGUCCAACGGCCCGACUCAGCGGCCAAACACGCAGACCAGACAAGAGUACCUAUACAAGACAUUGGGAAGCCCGCGGGCUUUUGAGGAGUUCGUAGCCAUUACUGGCCAUUUCACUCUCCUUCCGCGUUAA